CGCAGGCUUGAAACAUAACUUCCUUUCAAAGUGCCAACAUGGCGUUGUCAACAGUAGUAGUGUUAGCGAUCAGCUUUUUACAAGUUUCAUAUGGUCUUUAUUUUCACAUUGGCGAAACUGAAAGAAAGUGUUUCAUAGAAGAAAUACCAGAUGAAACAAUGGUUGUUGGUAACUAUAAAGUCCAAGCUUAUGACCACAAUACUAAAGACUACAUGCCUGUCUCACCUGAUAUUGGCAUGCAUGUAGAAGUUAAUGAUCCUGACAGUAAGGUUAUAUUAUCUAGGACAUAUGCUGCUGAAGGUCGAUUUACUUUCACCUCCCACACAGCUGGAGAGCAUGUCAUUUGCCUCAACUCUAACUCAUCUGCUUGGUUCAAUGCUGGUCAACUGAGAGUACAUUUGGACAUCAACGUGGGCGAGCAUGCCGUAGACUACCAGCAGGUUCAGGCCAAGGACAAGCUGACUGAGCUGCAGUUGAGGGUGAGACAGCUGCUGGACCAGGUGGAGCAGAUCACUAAAGAGCAAAACUACCAGAGGUACCGCGAGGAGAGGUUCAGACAGACAAGUGAAAGCACUAACCAGCGAGUAUUGUGGUGGUCCAUAGCUCAGACCCUUAUACUUCUCAUCACAGGAUUCUGGCAGAUGCAGCAUCUUAAGAGUUUCUUUGAGGCUAAGAAACUUGUUUAAACUUGGGAGAACUAGUGCUUAUUUGUUAGUCUGGAGGUUUUACCUGAGAUGUGGAUGUUUUGAGUGUCUUUGGAAGAUAAAACAUGAAAACUUUGAAUAAUUGAGAUAUAUGUAUAUUAUUGAGUUCUUGGCUUUUAAAUUUUAAUUAGUACUGUUAUGUAGAAUUUUAUUUUUAAAAAAGGUUUUUCAAAGUAUUUUGAUUGAGAGUGAAUGUUGUGUGAAUUUUUUUGGUACUGAUGUACAAAUUUUGUUGAGUAUCUGCAGCAAAUGUGGUAUCUGUGGGUAGGUGGGUGUUGGCUUAUCUUCUCAUUUUGUUUUCAUCUUUUAACUUUUUAUCUCCGACAUUUUUUGUAACUGCCAUGCUGGGAUAUUAAACCCAUUAUUUCAUACAUUUAUUUAAAUAAAAUUUUCUUUAAUCAAACCAACUACUUUAUGCUGUCAUUUGCUGUGGUAUGGUAACAUAGAUUGUGUCAGAUGCACUGAUUAAACUUCUUACCUAGUAGUUAUUGAUCCCCUUUAAAAUGAAAUAAAAAUGAAUAAUAAUUGCUAAGUAGAAUAGCUAUCAUACUAAUCAGCACCAUCAAUGUAUAAAAAAUAUGUAGUCUUAACAUGUAAGUCAUGCUGUUCUUGUUUCAAUGAAACAUUUGAUAAAUGAUGUAAAGUUUUCAUGCGCAAUAACAAGUUUCUUAUCUUAAUUUUCUGGUUGAUAUAGUUGCUUGUUUUGUCAAAUGAUAACACUCAAUAAAGCCUGUAUUCCUGUAGUUGAUAAUAUUUAAUUUCUCUCACUUUGUUCAUAUUAAAAUUUCAGUGUUAGAUCACCAAAUCUGUUGUAAUGUAUUACAUUUAUUGAUUCAAUUAGACUCGUGUUUUGUAAAUUGUUAAUUUAUUUAGGGAUAUGAAAUGAGCUUAGCAACAAGUUGAAUGAAAUAAAAACUAUCUGAAA